AUGAGCUUCUUGUUCGCAAGCCCGAGUGAUGUGACAAUCAUCGUCAUUGAAGAGCCGAGCGACAACGAUGACCACAGAACCAAAACAGCCAUUUUUCAUGUUGAUCGCUCAAAGUUAAUUGAAAGCAGCGCUUACUUUAAAGGAAGCUUCUCGUCUCGGUGGGCAAGAACCGAAAACCACAAGCCCACUCUGAGAGGCGACACAAUCAAAGGCAUGGAAGUGAUGUUGGGGUCGAUUCAUGGGGUCGACAUCAAGCCAGAGUCAGUCUCCAUUGCAGAUGUCUGGUACACAAUCAAGGCCUGCAACAAGUACUUGCUGGACCCCGAGAAGUUAAGGAACUGGUUUGCGCGCUGGAUCAAAUACAUUCGAGAGGAACGACCUGAAAGUUGGGAAGAUGAGGAUUUCAACCGCCAGUUGCUGUUUCCUUGCCAUUUCUUUGAUCAUAUAAAAGCAUUCCAGCAUGUUUCAAAGAGACUUGUCUACACCACCGCGGGCCAUAUCACGGAAUUGGCCCCAACAGACUCACCAUCAUUCGAACCAAUGCAUAUGCCCGCUAUCGUCAUGCAGCAACUCAACGCAGCUAGAGGGCGGCUCCGAACAGUUCUCCAAAGACCUCUUUUCGAAGAUGUAAAUGUGACUAUUGAUCGUGUUCGCUGUGCCUGCGCAGCGGAACACAUAUUUUCUUACAUGAGGGAACUGCAUAGAAUCGGGGUGAGGCCGUUGGAUAGUGACAUACACAAGAACUGUGUCCGCGAGAUUCUCAAUCGACUGGCUGCCUUUGAUGAGAACAAGAUGAAGAUGAAAAACAGGCAGCCACCGGUGCAGAUAUGCAGCGUGUGCUCCCGCUCCUGGAAACCCAUAGUGCAGUAUGCACGAAGACAGGUUGAAGGCUAUUUCGAUGGCCUGUGUCUGGAUUGCAUGAAGAACCACCCAAACGAGAAUUCGGAGUACUGGGCUCUCGGUACCAGACGAGUGUAUGACUCAACUUGCCGCAUCAGCCACGGCGAGCCAACGUGGUACUUCAGUUUCAUGGGCCGUCGUGACAGAAGCCCAUACCGCAUGCAGCAUGAAUGA